ACUUUUUUUUUACUCCUGGAUUGACUUAAAAAACCUUGGACAAGUAGUCAAAGUAAGGCAAGAGGAUAAAGUACUGUACUCUGGGAAGCAUUGCCACCACUGCACCUGCCCCACUGAGGAUACCCCCUCAAAGUGGAUACCAUCAAUGGAAACCUUGGCACAUUUAUGGACAUUUAAAUCUCAUUUGACCAGCAUACAGCAACUGAAAUUAAGAAGUCCUUCAACGUAGCCCAACUAAUCACUAAAGGUUGAGUCCUCCGGAAAUCAUCUUGCACUGCAUGAAAUCUGACCUUUGUAUCUUAACAGUACAAUUAAGGUAAAAGUUCUGGGUGCUAACUGAUCUGCUGCCUUGUCAUAGAAGAUUGUUCAGUUGACAGUCAUGUCUCAUCCAUCCUGGCUGCCUCCAAAGAACCCUGGAGAAUGUGUCAGCCAUGUGCGUAUGGAGACCACACCAUCAUUUGGUACUCCAAGUAUCUCUGUGUCUACACAGCAAACACCCAAGAAAUUUGCCCCUAUUGUAGCACCCAAACCAAAGUAUAAUCCAUACAAACAAGGAACUCAGUCUGUUGGAGAUGAUGGAGAUUUUCCUCCUCCACCUCCUCCAUCAAUGGAAGACCUUAGCAACCUUCAGCUGCCCUCCGGGUCUUUUCCUCCACCACCACUUGGAGAUGAUGAAGCAGUAUUCAAUGUUAAGGUAAAAACAGGUGGUAAAACCAUUGAAGAACGUCGCUCAAGCUUGGAUGCUGAAAUUGACUCACUGACAAGUAUACUGGCUGAUCUUGAGAGCACUUCUCCAUACAAGCCACGCAAUCAGCAAGGUUAUGGAACCCUUGGCUCUUCUGCAUCUACUCCAGUUACAGGGCACAAACGGAUGGUGAUUCCUACUCAGCCACCUCUUACAGCUACUAAGAAGUCAGCAGCUAAACCACAGCCUUCUCCUCAGACCCAAGCCCAGCCACAGGCCUUUACACAGCCUCCAAUAAGUCAGGUAGCUGCAACUCCUGUGCCAAAACCUCAGCCUGUUCCAGCCUCAUAUACUACAGCUUCAACUCCUACCAAGCCAACUUUUAAUGUUCAAGUCAAGACAGCCCAGCCUAGUCCACAGUUCUUACCACCUAGUCACCAGCCAGUUCAAGGAUUUAACCAGCCAUAUGUUCCCCAACAAGCUCGCUCCCCAGGACCGUCAUACUAUACUGCUGCACCUCGUGGACCAGAUUUUUUAUAUCCUUCUCAGCAGGUUCGUUUACCUGAGCCAAGCUAUGGAUCUGUACCUCCUUCAGUUCGUUAUCAAGAUCCUUACUAUUCUGGGGGACAGAUGUAUGAAGGAAGGUAUGGACCAGAACCAGUCUAUGUCAAUCAGAAUGUGUGGAAACCAGAGCCAGGAUAUCCUGUUUCCACUGGUGUUCAGUCUCCUUCUGGAACAUACCAGCCUGCCAAUAUCAAGAAAACGUACAUCACUGACCCAACCCCAGCAGCUCCUGUUCUGCAACCGAAGGGUGGCUACCCAUCUUCAUUUCCAGCUCCAGGACCACAUAUGGCUCCCACUCUGGCUCCGGCUCCAGCGCCAGUUGCAGCUCCCACAGUCAGGCCUGAAGAUGAAUUAGAGCGUUUGACAAAGAAGAUGCUCUAUGAUAUGGAACACCCUCCCACAAAUGAUUACUUUGGGCGCUGUGCUCGCUGUGGUGAGAAUGUUGUUGGCGAAGGUACAGGAUGUACUGCCAUGGAUCAAGUGUUCCAUGUGGAUUGUUUCACCUGCAUGACAUGCAGCACUAAACUCAGGGGACAUCCUUUCUAUGCUGUAGAGAAAAAAGCAUACUGUGAACCCUGCUAUAUUAGUACAUUAGAGAAGUGCAAUGUUUGCUCUAAGCCAAUCAUGGAACGGAUCCUCAGAGCAACUGGAAAGCCAUACCAUCCCCACUGCUUUACUUGUGUUGUGUGUCACCGCAGUUUGGAUGGGAUUCCAUUUACUGUGGAUGCAGCCAGCCAGAUCCACUGCAUUGAAGACUUCCACAAGAAAUUUGCACCACGUUGCUCAGUAUGUAUGGAGCCAAUUAUGCCUGCUGCAGGACAAGAGGAGACCAUUCGCAUUGUGGCACUGGAUAGGGAUUUCCAUGUGCAAUGCUACCGAUGUGAGGAUUGUAAGUGUCUUCUUUCUGAAGGAGAUAAUCAAGGUUGCUAUCCUUUGGAUGGAUGCAUCCUGUGCAAGACCUGCAAUUCAGCUCGAAUCCAAGCCCUGACUGCUAAGGCAACCACUGAUCUCUGAAGGCAGUACAUUCCAGAAUCCACACAGUAAAAACACAGUGAGCAAAAUUGCAGUAACCUAUUCCAGGCUUGGAUCCUUUAUAGCUAAAUGGAAUUUUAGAAAGCACUUUGAGACAUAACUAUAUUAGGAGUUUGUGCCUACAUUUUCAUAUUCUCUUUAUCUCAGUAGAUGGCUGCAUGGCAGUUUACAUUCUUUAUCCUAAUGUCUCUAGAAUUUGUUUCUAAUAGAAUGGAUAUAAUUUUUUGUUUAAAACUGUUAAUUCCAAAUUGCCUUUUUAUCUAAAAAUGCAUAAAAAAAAGAAAGAAACAUAAAAAUUCUAAAAAUCUGAAAGUGUUUUUUCGUAGGGUGAAUCCAUUCUUUGAAAUCCUGACAGUUUAGGUAGUUAAAUGGUAGAUAAACUCAUCUUGACAAUAUACUUUAAUACAUUAUUGAUUUAUAUUAAUGUUUGACUUUGAAAAUACACAGCACACAUCAUUAUACAGUUAUUUUAGCACUGGAUAUUUACACCAGUUUCUACUGGAAUUUGGUAAAGUGUAUACAUUUAUUUUUAAUGAUAGCAUUCCUUUCAUCUUAGCUAUUUGUAGACAUCCCAUUUAUUUUGGGUGGCAGAAGGAGGUAAUAAGACCAGCUAGCUGUAGAAGAGGCUCAUGUAGCUCCAACCUGAACUUUAGAAAAUUUUUCUUAUAACACGACUACAUUUUUUUUGAUUUGGCAGUCAUUGACUCAACUCUUCUUUUUUAAAUUAUAAUUAUUGACUCCAUAUGGUUUCAUGCAUUUAAGAAAAAAAAACUUAUGUAGGGAUAUAUAGACACAGGUGAAUUUCAUUUGAAGUCACAUGCACUUUUGUAACAAAAAAACAAAACAAAUUAAAAUACUAGUAAGGUACUCGCCAUUUAAGAUUAAAGAGGACACCCUGUUUUGUUUCAUCUAUUAGUAGAAAAGUAACUGUGCCUUAAUAUGAUCAGUUUUAAUUGCUAAUAUAAUAUUACAUAUCAUUGUAGGAUAUACCGAUUGGCUUCUGUGCUGAUAUAUAAAAUUGUUAUUUGUAGAAAAAUGCUUUAAAACUCAAGACUGGUAAAUUGUUAAUAGCUGCACCUUAAAUGACUUCUGUGAGAGUAGCAACUCAUUUAGUUUCUCACUGUGUAGUGCAGAUAUAUAUUAAAUUAAUCAGCACUUUUAUACAAGCAGACAAAAUAUACAAAUGCUGUACAAUCAUGAUUAAUCAUGUUUACAUUUGCAUUAUAGAAUAUUUGAAAAAAGGUAUAAUUGAAUUAAUGUUAUUUAUCCACUUCUCCACUGAUUAACAGAGGGGAAACAUUGUGGCUUUAUGAUAAGAGGGAUAAAUUAAAUCACAAAAUAGUUCUAAACAAAUCUAAGUGGUUCAUUGCUGAACACAUGUAUGCACGUUUACUGCUAUACCCUGGUAGGAGCAAAUCUUCAUAGGUGGAUUACAGUGCAUUGAUAUGCAAAACACUAUAUUCUAUGCAAAACAGAAUUAAUUUUAUAUAUAGUUAAUAUUACAUUGAUCAACUAGUAUUAUUAUACUUAACAUUUUAAUAUAUUAUAAGUAUCUUUAUAUCUUUUUCACUGUGAGUGGAACAGUUAGUUUCUCUCUUUUUUUUAGAUUUUAUUCUUUACAUGCAGUUGUUAUUAUUAAAAUGUAGCUUUAUAUUUCUUGUAACAAAUAUUGAUUGAAGAGCAUGUAUAAACAUAUCUAGUAGUUAUCUUUCCACUCUACCUUAUGGUGAGGCUUACGUCACACUGUUCACCCAAAUAUGCAUAAUAUAAGAUGAUUUGUUUUUGACAGCUUUUUUAAUGCACUGAUGCUCCUUGCCAAAGACAGAUUAAAAAUUAAAGGUACACUGUAAGUUCACCUUUAUUUGCAUCUUGCUUCAAAUACAUUAUCUUUGCUUUGUUAAAAUAAUACAUAGCUUAUAUAUUAUCGUAUUAUGGAUUAUUUUGAGUGCCUUGGGAGGACAUCUGUUCUGUGUUAUUAGCUGAAGUAAUGUAUUAUUUUCUCACACAUAGUUACACCUGUGCUUUGCUCCACAGUUGACUUAUCUUUUUAUUAAUCACUGCAGUACUACACAAAAUUCCAUUGUUUUAAUGUUUACAAAAUUAAGAGGCUGUUCACUAUUUUAAAUUAAUAAAGUGUAUUGAUUUCUAUGCAAAAUUAUACUUGGAUCAAAGCAAUCUACAUGUAAUACUUAACUAGACAAGUCAAGCACCAACACUCUUGUAUUCUUAUCAAGUUGUAUUCUUGUUUUUCUCAUGUCUGACCUGUUUCUGGUAAAUAAUAAUCAUGCACACUCAAGGACACAUAUAUAUGUGUCUGCAAGACUGUACAAGAAAGAUAUUUAGUACUAGUCUUCUGUAUUGUUUAAUGUGUGAUUUUUGUUUAAUUUCAUUCAUUAAAACAAAUCCUUGAUUAAAUCACUACAAGCAAUUAAAAUCAAUUAAAGACAAAA